AUGCCAAGACCUACGAGACCUGUUGAUUGGAAUCGAUUCCUGAAAAGUUUCGGCUCAAGUCCUAAUAAGAUGAAGCCACAAAAAGGAAGAGAAAAAGAAAGGCCGAAAGCUAAGCCGGAGGAGUUCAAGACAGAGGCCUUCGGCGCCAUGGCAGAACCGAGUCCUCAAACCAGGCAAACCGAUGGUGGCCUAAGACAGAUCGAUGGACAAAGCCAAAGAACGGACUGGAGCAAUGUGUUAUCGCAUCUUAGAACCAUGGUAAACGCGCCUCAAAUUGGAGUCUCACCCAAAGAAUCUCCACAUGCCGCUAAUCCACCAGCUGUGCCAAGGCUGAUAACUCAGCGUCAACGCGAACCAAUCAGUAAAGCAAUGGUGGAAGAACAGAUCGGCAAAAUAGGAACCAAAGAGGAACUUACCGCGUUUAACAAAAAGGUCUUGAAGCAGUGUGCAGGCGAGAGGCACCCGAUCAGCAAGAUUCUGCCGCUUAUGAGGAAAACAGGAAUAUAUGACGAGUACCUGGAGAACCGGUGUGAUACGGACUAUCAUGGUAACUGCAAGAACGUCUGGCACAACUGCGUCCAAAACGAGUCACGGAUCUUCUGUCCAAAGACAUGCGGCGACCCGAUGUGUGGAAACCUGCGUUUCUAUGGCAGUUUCAAGUACGACACGUUCAAUUACCAAAGUAAUUGCCAAAAUUCGCAAGCGUACAGUUGCGAGCAGUUGCGACAACGAGGCGAUUGUCUGUCGAAUCCCGGCAGUAUGGCCGAGAUCUGCCCCGAAUCGUGCGGGUAUUGUCACAACGACAUAGACUUUUUACCGUAUAUGCCGGAACAGCAGAAGAUCAUUAUGUGGUUGACGUUUUUCGACGGGGGCGUUUAUGAGGCGUACGCGAAAUACAUGUGGGAAAGGAUCGAGGCAAUUCAUCAGAAAGCGAUGUACCACAGGUGCUGA